GAUGGCAAGUCGCAUGGUCGGAUAUGGCCGAGGAGGGGGAGGAAGAUCGGGGAGCGACGAUGGCGCCGCAGGCCGCGGUAGGGGCAGAGACAGCGGGGACAGCGCCGGUCGAGGGCGGGGAUCGCGGGCGGAUAGUCGCCAGCCUCCCGUGCAGCAACACCCUAGAUACCCGUAUCAACGGCAGCCAGGCCAGCAGGCUUAUCAGCAAUCAACGGCGGAGAUCGCUUCCGCAGGCUCGGCGCAAGGAAGCAGAGGCGGAGCUGGCGGGUUCUCUCGGCCCACCGGCGGGGGAUAUCAGGGUGCCGGGGGAUUUCAGGCUUCCGCUGGCGCAGGCGGAGGGAGGGUAAGCGGCGGAGGACGCGAUCAGCAAAUCGCGGAGCAAAGAGGAGCAUCGGCGCGCAGUGGCGCAGCUUCCGCGAGCUCCGCGGACGCUGCUUCGGCUGGCAGCGUGCCACGUGGCACUCCUAGAUUGGCCGGACAUAAUAAGCCAGCUAGCGACUAUGAUUACGGUCGCGGCGAUCGCGGUCGUGGUGACCACGUGGCUAAGGUGGAGGUUGGUAGUCGCAGUGGGGAUGUGCCACGUGGCCAAGGCAGAGGGGCUCACAGCGGAUCGACUGCCACGUCAGACGAAGGCGCCAGUGGCAGGGGCAAGGGCGUGCUGGUGGUGGGCUUUUUCGGCUCCAAUGACUCUCAGCUCACCGCGCUGCUCAACCACCUGAUACAGUACCCUGCCUUCUCCUCGCCCUCUACCCGAUUCGAUAUAGACACAAGUGGAGAUGCAUAUGGCGGGUCUGUUGCUGGCGGUGACCCCGAGAGCACGGGGCCUGUUUUUAGUGCUGCCACGUGGCAGCGUCUGGGGCUGCCACGUGGCAUGCUGGAGCAGUACUACGUUCGGCAGCAGAACGUGGUUUUAGUGAAGCUGUGCACGGAUGUGACUAAAAGCGCGCCUAAGAGUGGCACGAGAAGUGUGACUAAAGCGAGGGGAACUGGGGGGGGUGGAAAGGGGAAUGUGAAGGGGAGUGUGAUGGAUGCCGAGGAGGAGGAUGGGAGUUCAACGGUUAGAGCGGUGAAGAAUGGAGCACGUAGCGGGAGCUUGGGCAGUGGGGGGGAGGAGAGUAGGCGAGAGGGGGGGGAGGGAGGAGAGGGAGGAGAGGGGCAUGCGAGUCGAGAGGGGGAGAGGGAAGAGGGAGAGAGUGGAAAGGCAAGGGCGUGUGGGUUGCGGCAGGAGGGGGAGGUGGGGCACCAGGAAGUGGGGCACCAGGAAGUGGGGCACCAGGAAGUGGGGCACCAGGAAGUGGGUGCGCACGAGAGGGAGGAAAGGGCAGAUAGACCUUCUGUGGUGGGAAGCGGAGAGGAGGAGAGGGAGAGGGAGGAGGCGGAGGAGAGGGGGGGAAAGGAGGCGAAGGAGAGGGGGGGAGAGGAGAGGGAGGAAGCGCAUGAGGAGCCAGCGAGGAGCAGAGAGAUAGUAGCCACAGAGGAGGAGGAAGGUGGGAGGGAGGAGCAGAGGGGAGAGGAGGAAGAGCGAGCGGGCGAUGAAGAGCUGCAGGAGGCGGGGAGGGAGGGCGAGGAGGAGGAGGAGGGGGGGGUGGAGGAGGAAGGGGAAGAAGAGGAGGAAGAUUUGGAGGACGACGAGGAGAGGGAAGAAGAGGCAGAGGAGGAAGACGGGAGAGAGGAGGAGGAAGACGGGGGAGAGGAGGAGGAAGACGGGAGAGAGGAGAAGGAAGAUGGGGGAGAGGAGGAGGAAGACGGGGGAGAGGAGGAGGAAGACGGGGGAGAGGAGGAGGAAGACGGGGGAGAGGAGGAAGAGGAGGAGAGGGACAUGGAGGCAGCAGUGGUGCGUGCCUCGCUGCUCUUCUUCUCCGCGUGCAACAUCGUGGUGUGUGUGAGCCCCUCGCCGCACCUGGACCCCCACCUGCUGCACUUCUUCCGCCGCCUGCAGCAGGCCAAGCUCGCCCUGCUGCCCACCCUGCUGCUGCCGCACGCACAGGGGAUCCGGGAGCAGCAGGAGCAGGAGGAGAAGCAGGAGAAGCAUGGGCAGCAGCAGGGGCAGCAGCAGGGGCAGCAGCAUGGGCAACAGCAGCAGCAAGACCAACAGGUGGAGGGACGGCGUGAGGAUUUGGAAGCAGAUUCUGCUGCCUCAGCAGCCGAACAAGCACAGCAUGCUUUCUCAGUGGCUCUCACUACAGCGCCCAACGCCCGGACGGCAGUGCCACUGUCGCUGCCUGCACCGUCCCGCCCCCUUUCUACUUCAUUGCUGCCAACCCUUCCUCCACAGAUGCUCCUGCACCAGUCUUCUCACUAUGCUGCUCCCAGCAGCAGCAGCAGCAGCAGCAGCAGCAGCAGCAGCAGCUUUCGCUCUGACCAUACAGCCCAGGAGGAGCCGUCGAGGCUGCUGCUGCUCCCCGGCUUCGCCACCCCCUGCCUGCUCUUCGUCUUCCCUGUGCCCUUCGCCUCCGCCCAGGCUGCUCUGGCCGUGAACCAAGCACCAGCAGGGGGAGGACGGGGAGAAGCGGGGGGAAGGGACGGUGGGGCAGGGAGGGAGGCAUCUGCAGCAGCAGCAGAUGGUUCUACCCUGGGUGCUUCUGCUGCUGCUGCUGCUUCUGCUGUCGGCCCCACUGGUGCUGCUGGUGUUGCUGCUGGUGAUGCGAGUCCACCUGUCAUGUCGCCAUUGGUCAUCCGCCGUCGCAUGCAGUCCUCCCUGGAGUCGCAGAUCCGAUCUCUGCUCAAGCGCUGCCGCCCAGUGGCCUCUGCUAUGGACGUACACGUGGCAGGCCCCCGUUGGCUGAGGCAAUGGACGGCCAUGAUGAAGAGUGGGGCGCUGGGGCAGAUGAAGGACCAGGAAGGAACGGCAGCAGCAGGAGCAGCAGCAGCGCCAUCAGCAUCAGCGACAGCGGAUGCAUCAGUGGCAGCAGCGGUGGCAGCAGCAGCAUCUCCUCUGUUUGUCCUGGACCCCUCUCGCUGUGCUCUGGUGAUUCAUGACUCCGCUGUCUCCACCCGUCACGGCCUCUCUGCUGCCACUGAUGCACUCAUGGCCGUUCAACUCGGCGGCGCAGGCGGCAAUUUGGGCGGCAUGGGCAGUGACAUGGGCAUAGCGGUCUUGGCAUCGUUGCAGCAGCAGCAGCAGCAGCAGCAUGAUGGGAGCUCCACUUCGUUGUCCUCCUCUCCUGCUGCUUCUGUAGCCCCAGCAUCAGCAGCGGCAUCGCUAUCGAGCCUCCCUCUUUCCUUCUCCUUACUCUCACCAUCCUUCUCAUCACUCUCUCCCUUCUCCCCACUGCUUAUGAACCCUCCUCCACAACCUCCCUCCUCCUCCCCGUCCCCUGCGCACCCCCCCUCCCCCCUGUUUGCUGCCCUCUCACGCCCCUCUCCGCUGGCUGACACGGCAGCUGGGUCGUUGUGGGACUUCAUAGUGGGGCAGAGGGAGGUCAUGGAAGCACGGUGGAAAGGGGCACAGCUGCUUUCUGUAAAAGGCGCUGCCAGUGUUGCGAGAAGUGCCAGCAGCGGCAGCAACCGUGGCAGCAGCAGCAGAGGUGGGAGUGGUGGCAGAGACAGCAGCAGCAGCAGCAGCAGCACAGCAGCAGCAGAUGCAGGUGCAGCGGCAGGCGAAGGAGGAGAAGGAGAAGGGGCGGACACAGAACCAGACGCAGCCGCAGGCGGAGGGGCAGGAGCAAGGGCAGCGGCAGGGGCAGGGAGGGGGGGCGCAGGGCGUGAGAGGGUGGCUCGUGUGUUGUGUGAGUGGAGGGGAGACGGGAGGGGGAGAGGCGAUUGGGGUAUGGGUCAGAGCUUGGAAGGAGGGGUUGGAAGCGGUGAAAUGGGGUUUGGAGUGGUGGUGUCGUUGGCUUUGGCUGGUACAGGUGGCACAAGUGCUGGUAACGGAGGGAUGCGAGGAGUGCGAGGAGGAAGAGGAGGAGGAAGAAUGGGAAGAGGAGGAAGAGUGGAAAGAGGAAGAGGCACAGGAGCAGGGAGAGUGGCAGCGCCAGCACAAGCACUGCACACACCAACCCCACCAAUGCUCACGCCAUCACAAUCUCAAUCGCUGCACUCCCCCGUCGCUCUCUUCUCCUCGCUUCUCUGCCAAAGAGCCCUCACCCUAGCAUUCCACACCUACCGCAGGGGUCUGGCCCCGGUCUACACUGCCCGAGUGCACCAUGAACACGUCCGGGCAGCGGUGAAGGUUUUUGCGGAGACUGCCCGAGGACCUGCCCGAGAGGAGUGUUUUGAGCAGCUGAAGAGGCUCUGUUAUGAGCACUGGGCGGGGGGAGGAGUAGGAGGGGGAAGAGGAGGGGGAGAAGGAGGGGGGAGGCAGCAGUGUGAGGCAGUGUCUGUCUUGGGGCUACCAUGCUGGGUACUGCUGGGGCAUGAGACGUGGGAUGGAGGAGAGAGGGAGCAAGUGCAUGGGAGGGCGGUGGAAGCAGCAGCGGAACAUGGCAGAGAGGGUGGCGAUGGCAGGAGAGCAAGCAGAGCAACGAGUGCAAGCGGGCAUGAGAGCGGGGCAGUGCUGCAGUGUGCGUGUCGCUGCGGCUGCACUCAGCUGCUCCGCGCCGACCCGUUCCUCCCCUCCACGCCCUCCCCACUCGCUCCCACACUCCUUUCGCUCUUCUCCUUGCACCCAUCUCUCCCCUGCUGCGACCUGCUCUGCUCCAUUCCCUGUGAGCCCACCAGCUGGGGCAGAAGCGAAGCGGGGCGGAACGGACAAGGUUCUGAAUCUGGGAGGAGAGACGGAGGCGAGAUGGAAGUGCAGAGAAGAGAGCGGACGGGAUGGGAGGGCUCGGAAUCUGAGUGGGGCGUUACUGUUCUGGGCAGUAGAAAUUGGUACGACCCAAUCCAGGGGGUCCAGCAGGCUGGAUUUCUGCCAGGGAAAAACUUUCUUCUGCCCUGGGCGUUCCAGCUUCCAGCAAUUCGUGUGGCAGAGGAGGGAAGAAGGGGCAGAUGCAGCAGAGGGGCAGGGAACGAAAGCGUUUCAAUGGAUAGGGAAGGAGGGGCGAUGAGGGAAGACGGAGGAGAGAAGGUGGAGGGGAGGGAGGAUGCUCGUAAAGAGGGGGCGAUGGGAGAGAUUUGCGCGGUGAGGAAGGGCGGAGGUGAAGAGAGGGGGGGAAAGCAAGAGUUGAGGGGAAAGGAGGGGGACGGAUCAGAGAAUAACGGAGCAGAGGAAGGGGAGUGCAGGCGAGGGUCAGAGAUGGGGAGGGCGGAGGAGACUCGUUAUUGUAUUGUUCGGUACUGUGUAGGGGAUCCUGGUGUUAUUGCUGCACUUGAGGAGGGGAAAAGGACCAUAGCGGCAGAAAGAGAGUGGCCACAGGGGCAGGGGCUGCAGGGCGUGCAGCAGCAAGGGGGGGACGAGGAGGGGGAACGGGGAGAGGAGGGGGAGCAGGAGGAGGUAGGGAAGGGCAUUGCAAAGCAGGGGCAUCAGGUUGGUAUUGGGCCAGGUAGAGGAGAGAGGAAGCAGAAGGGAGGGAGGGGAGUGGCAGCAGGUGGAGAUGCUAGCAUGUUGCAGGCGCCCGCUUCUUUUGCUCGUGUUGCGGCAAUCGCAGCAGGAGCAGGGAAGGCAGCAGCAGCAGCGCCAGUGAAUACUUCAGAGAUGGCGUUUCCUCCCCUUGCUGCUUCCACGCACGGGGUAGCGCAUGGAUCAGACAAGGGUGGAUACCAGAAGGGUAUCUUAGGCCCGGGGGCUGGGGCACAUGUAGGGGCGGGAGCAGGGGUAGGAGUGGGACUAGUGGGGUCUGCUGUACCGCAUCAGCAGGCCAGCCAGAAACAGCAGCAGCAGCAUUUCAAGCAGCAGCAGCCGCCUCUCCUUCCCACGCCCCUCCAAGCCAGCAUGCAACAGGUGCAGAAAGUGCAGCAGGUGGGAGGAGAGGCCGAGGUGAAGCUCCUCAGGCGACGAUCGCUGCUGCUAGAGCCUCCACCCAGCAGCAGUAGCAGCAGCACCAGUGGUGCAGGUGCAGUGAAAGUGUGUCGAAGCAGCACUGGCACUGGCAGCACGGGCAGCAACUCUGGUAGUGGCACCAGCAGCAGCAGUGGCGGCAGCAGCAGCAGUGUGAGGCUGUUGCAGGUGUGUCUCUUCCUAGGCCUCGAGUACGCAUGCCCUGCGGGCCACCGCUUCUUCGCCGCACCUCCCCCUCCCUCCCAACCACAGGAAGAAGGGGGGGCUGGAGCUUUCAAUGCGCCUCAUGGGGAGAGUCAAGGGGGCGUGGGCGGAGCAGGACGCGUGCAGGGCUGGGUUGGGAAAGGGGAAGGGGGGGUGGCGGAUUGGAUUGGGGAGUGGGUUGCGCGAGAUCAGCCGCUGGUGGUGCGGUGUGCCACGUGUGCUGAGGUGAGGGCGAGUGGGGGGCGGAGCGUGACUGUAGAGGGGGAGGAGGUGCUGUUGGCGAGAGAGGAGGUGGUGGAGGGGGAGGGAGAGGAGGAGGGGGAGGAGGAACAGGGGGAGGAGGAAGAGGAGGAAAGAGAGAAGUUUGGAGUGGGUGUGGGCGAAGGAAUCGGAUUUGGAGAGGCAACGGUUAUGGGCACUGGUGAGGAGGGGGGAGGAGCGAAGGGAGAGGGAUGUGGGAGGGAAGGAGGAAAGGCAAGUGGUGGAGUAGCGGAUGAGAAAGCAGUGAGAGGCGAUGGCAAGUGGGGGCACAGGAGGCGAUUCUUCCCAACGACUGACGCGAUUCUGCAACGGAUCUAUGUGGUGACUCCCAAUCAUGCCCUCCUCUUCGCCUCCAACCCCACCCUCAUCGUCCCUCACUCCUCUGCUGCAACCGCCAGCAGCAGCCCCCCUACUUCCAUUUCCGCUGCAACCACCAGCAACACCAGUCUUCGCCAGAGUGAGAAGUUCUCCCAUUAUCACAACACCCACGCCCGCUUGCUCUCCCCCCCAUCGCCCCUCCUACUCCCCCCGAACUCGUCCCUCUGCAUCCGUCUUCCCUCCCACCUCCUCCUCCCAUCCCUCCUCCUCCCCUGCUUUUCUCUCGCCUCUGGCUCUUCUGACUCGGUACCAACACCACCGGCAGCAGCACCAGCAGCAGCAGCAGCAGCAAGGCUGGUGGGCGGCUCUGCUCUGUUCCUUCCCUCUCCUCCCUGUGCUGCCUUCCGUGUGGGGGGGGACACGGAGGAGGAGGGCAGGGGUAGUGCUGGCAGGGUGGGGAGUUUGGAAGGUGGAGGGGGAAGAGGGAGUGAGGGGAGAGGAAGAGGAGAGGAGGAGGUUUCAAUGAGGGGAGGAGGGAAACGAAUGUUGGAUGCAGCAGGAGAAGCACAAGGAGUGGCCGACUCGGGAGUGGAAUCUGCAGCGACUGCUUCAGCAGCAGCCGCAGCAGCGGCGGCGGCGGCAGCGGCGGCAGCAGUAGCAUUUGCAGAAGCUACAGGAGCAGGAGUGGCAGGAAGGGGGGUUGGGAGCAGCGUGAAUGUGGGGAGAGGCGCAGGGGGGCGAGGAGGCUGGCGCGGAGGGGGGAGAGGCGGAGGAGGAGGAGGGGGGGGGGGAGCAAGGAGGGGGGUCGAGGGGGAGGCAGGGUGGGUCCACAAGGGUCACGUGCCUCUGGGUCGUACGGAUGACGGUGGGCGGUGCUAGAGCCUGCUUGUGAGUCGCGUCAAAAGAAGGCAGCAGCGCAAUUCCACAUGGGUCGUGAGCAUCUGGGUCGUCGUAUGGAUGGAUGAUGGUGGGGGGUUGCGAGACUCACGCCACCCCUCCACCGCCCCUCCUUGUGCCCCUGGCUUUCGACUCGGCCUUGUAGAGGCACUCACGAGUCGUGCACAAGAUCGAAAC